GAGAAACUGCUGACGUCAGAACUGCGUGCGAUGGUAGUUACAUCACGUAGCCGGCAAAUUACUUCCUCCAGAGUACGAGGGAUCUGUGGCUCCGAAGACUCAUAAAAUAAUUCUUUACAGACGAUUCAAGAGACACUUCUUAAACAGUCAGGAUGUCUGCCUAUGAUGAGAAUGAAUCCAAGUUAAUGCGAAAAGUAAAGGAGAAUCCAUUUGUCCCAGUGGGGAUUGCUGGAUUCUUUGCCAUUGUUGGGUACAGACUGAUGAAAAUGAAAAAUCGGGGAGACACAAAAAUGUCGGUACACCUGAUCCACAUGCGUGUAGCUGCCCAAGGCUUUGUGGUCGGAGCCAUGACUGUUGGAGUCCUGUAUUCAAUGUACAGAGAUUUCAUUGUAAAACCCAGAGAAGAACAGAAAUCAAUGCAAAACAAGUGAACACCACCUCUUACCAUGGUAUUUUAUGUCCCUUAAUAUUACCUCAUAUUAAGGUGUGUAGAGUGUUUAUUUUUACUGAUGUGUCAACUUUUAUAUGCACGCAUCACUCUAGCAGCUCCCCUCUACUGUAAAUACCCGUAACUUAUUGAUCACACUUGACAUCUUCUAAGUGGUAUACCAGAGGGUCAAGUUGUCACUUCUGUAUUGAGAAGGAGUUAUAUUGAUCUCAGCUGUUUUAACACUGGUUACACUCCUUGUGUUUGCGGUUAUAAACGCAGCUGGUUUGAUAUCUGUGUAGACAGAUGGCAUUACUGAUUGCAGAGUUUUUAGAGCCUCUUAUUUGAAUGAUGAGUGAGUGAAACAUGGCGAGCCUCGAAAUGUAGCACACAGUAUCAUUUGAAAACAGUAUGACUAGGCAAAGUCUGGAUUUAAAGACACCCACAAUUGGCAGGUAGCCCAACAGUUUUCUUCCUCUGUCUGUAUUUUAUUGUCUCGUACCAGCUAUAUUGUUUUAUGUACUAAUUUAGGAACUUUUUGCCAAAUAAAAAAAUGCUUGCACCUUAGCCCACUUUUUUAAUGGGCAUCCCAGUGCAUUUUGGGCAUCUUGAGGAAGGCUUUGACAACACUUGACUAACAGACGAAACCUAAGCUCCCACAUUGUUUAAACAACUAGAACACAAGAGGUUUUUGACUCACAACAGCAUCAUUCCAUAAAACAACAUUUUAAAAUCAUGACAUGAAAAUAGGAAAUGGAAAAAAGGACUAUUCAUAUUUCUUGACCGAAACUAUAAAGAUCUCUUGUAGAAUUAAAAUGGAUUAUUUUAAUUUGGUACGCUUUCCACAAAAUGUCUUUUUUUUUUUUUUGACACAAGGGGGUCCAAUAUUUCAAUAGAGCAGCUUCACAAGCCCUCACGAGACAUAUAAACCAACUGACACCUUCACCUGUACAGACUGUGCAGUAAUCUAUAGUAUAUCAUCAUAUGAAUAUUGUGUGCAAAUACAGAAGAUGUUAUUGAAUGUUUUUUUUUUUCCUCUCGAAAUAAAAUUGACCAGUCUUGUAAUUCUAA